AUGUCUGAAAAGGUCAGCUUCCUGAAAGCAGUCACCUUGUUCAACUCCAGAGACCUCCACAGCAGUAUCAGCGACAUGGAGCACGCCCUCAGCCAGUACCUUCACCAGUACCACCUGUGUCUGGCUGGGUGCCAGUGGGUCUGUGACACCAAAGACCUGUACCCCACACUAGAAGACGCAUAUGUUGAUGUCCUGAAAUGUCAGGUUAAGUGUGAGGAAAACCUCAUGCCAAGUGUCGGUGGCUACUUUGUCGAGAAACUCAUCGCAACUAUCUACCACUACCUGCAAUUUGCAUAUUAUAAGUUAAAUGACAGUCGCAGCGCGGCCCCCUGUGCGUCCAGCUAUGUGCUCUUUGACCCUGAGGAUGAGGUCAUGAGGCAGAACAUGUUGUAUUACCGGGCUUACCAAGAGCAGUGGGGUCUGGAUGACCACAGCUUCAUACCCAGACAGGAAGCACUGAAUUACUACAACCAGAUCAGCACACUAAAAAAAGAUGCUGGUAUUUGCAGAGAACUGCAGUCUGAGGACUUUGGGGGUUUCAAGGAAGUUGCAUCGGAAGUCUCCCCUGACAUGGAGUUUGAAGGUAUGGGAGACUAUGAGGAGUCAAUCCUGGCUAUCUGGUCACAAUCCAAGGUUAAAAGGGACAUUGGUGACUCCUAA